CCGAUAUAGCUUAGCGAUUUCUACCUUGCACCCGCCUAUUGACCGAAAUUCGGAAUGGUGGAAGUCCUGGAUUCUCCAGGAUUCUACUCGGGAAUUUUCGAGUAUUGGAUCCACUGUAUAUAUUUUGGACUCGCAUCUUAACUGACGGACUGACAUCAGGAGAAAAACGUCGUUGUAGUCUGAGGAAUUUCACUCUCGUGAGAAUUACUAGUGCAGCGGGAAAGUUUCCAUUCUCAGUUGCAGCAGCCGUCAGUUAAACUGCGAUUCAUCUCACGCGAAGAACCUCAGCUUGCUAUUAAUCUCAUCGACAUGUCGAAGAAGCAGCAUGGAGUUUCAUGGAUUGUAACCGCUAUACUGCUGGCAGUUCAGUCCGGGGGAUUCCGGGUUUAUUCAUGGGGCGAAAAGGCGGAUCAAACACCAAUGGGUUUGGGCUACGGGGUGAUACAUUUUAGCAUAUCAGAGGACAUGAACGAUCUCGGAAAAGGGGGAAUAAUUGGAACAGAUCGCAUAGGCCAUGGAGCAGACGAAGUCAGCAGCGCCAGACACGUAGAAGAGGAUCACGGACGCGGUAAUUUCAAGGGUCGAUUGCUGGGCCAGCACGUCCACGAAGACAACUACCGCGUAAUAACGAUCACAAAAAAGGUGGCCGUGCCGUAUCCCGUGGAAAAAACCGUCCACUAUCCAGUGAUAAAGAAGAUAUUAUACCCAGUCCGAGUACCAGUCGCGCAGCCUUACGCCGUUGAGAAGGAGGUGCCGUAUCCGGUAAAGGUAUAUGUCAAGGUCCCCGUUAAAAUACCGAAGCCGGUGCCGAUAGUCAAGGAGAUACCGUACCCCGUCAAGGUGCCGGUAGACCGGCCGGUUCCCCUGAAGAUUUAUGUGCCCCAGCCUUACCCGGUAGAGAAGAAGAUACGCUACGAUGUCGAGGUCCCGGUACCGCAGCCUAUUCCUAUCGAGAAGAACAUCCCGGUUCCGGUAAAGGUUCAGGAGCAUUACGCGCAGCCCUAUCCGGUCGAAAAGGUCGUUCGCUACCCGGUCGAAGUCAAGGUGGAUAAACCGGUGCCGGUACACAUCCAGAAGCCCUACCCUGUUCCAGUCCAAAGGCCGGUUCCCUAUUCCAUGGAAAAGCAUGUUCCAUAUCCGGUGAAGGCCCUGGUUGAACAGCCGGUUUCGGUACUAGACGAGAAGCCACUUCUGGUGGAUGAGACCAUGGCUCACUGGGUUACUAACGCCUCGGAUGCGCCGGUCAGAGAUCAAGAUAAUCGAUAGCUCGAUCAUGGGGUCGCAAAUUCGGUCGAGUGAUCGGACAAAGGCGUUGGCAUUGGGAGGCAAUGAUCGUUAGCUCGUUAAGUGAUCGGGUGGAGCUGCUUGUUGGAAUAGAAAUGGGGAUUCAGGAGCGAGGCAUGGCAUAUGGCAUGGCUGACUCAUGGUUGGAAUCACGAGUUUAAAUUCGGCGUAAAAUGUUGCACUGAUCAUCUUCAUUUCAAUGUAGUAGUACAUUGGGUCGACCGAUCGCCUCGUUGUUAUUUAUUUUAUUAUCGUGUUAAUAAAUUAUACUUGCAUCACUGCGCAACGAUGUAUCUAAAAUGGCAAGCGUUGCUGUAGAUUACUCCCGAUCCUAUUUGUAAUAUUUCUGAGAAGUUAGAAUUAUUCACGACAAAGU